GAUGUUAGCCGAGUUAUGGAAUCUGAGGGGUAUGAAGAGCACUUGAGAUUGGAUUCUUGCACGCCCGAAAAAUCUGUAGAAAACCUACUGCCGGAUAACCCUGCAGUAGAAGGCAGUAGUGGUGCUUCCAAAAUUUCUGGUCCAAAUGAGACAAGACAAAAGGAGGAACCAAGCACCGAUGGGAAAAGAACCCCUAGAGACCAUGGUGACACAUAUCAUGAUAGUAAGGCUCCUUCAUGUGGGAUUGGGACAAUGAGCGCCGAGACCAGCAAGCCUUUUAGUGUUUCUCAUGAAACAGUGACUGCUGCAUUUUCCAUAAAAGAUUGUAAAGGUGGGCAGGCUAACAAUGUUCGGAAAAUUGAGGACGAAACUAAGCAAAUGGGAAUGCAGUCUGAGAAGGAUAUAAAGCAAAUGGAACCAAGAUUGACUGUUCCUCAGUUGUUAAGGCCAAGAAGUUUGUCCCCUGGCUCCCCUCAUGAUGUGAAUAAACGACCAGCAAUUAUAUGUAGCUUUUUUGCUAAAGGUUGGUGCAUCAAAGGGAAUUCAUGUAGGUUCCUUCAUAUAAAGGAUGAUGGGAAUGCUACUAGCCGAAAUAACGAGGGAGCUGUAGCUUCUACCAAUCAGAAAGAUGAAAUCAUGGCUGAUGAAGGUUUGGGAGACAGAACUGGAAGGUCCGGGUUGCCUGGUUAUCCUGAUGCGACAUCUUCAUCAAUUGCACAACGUGCUUAUUCUUCGGAUAAGAUCGCACCAUGGGAACAGGGAGAAAGCCCAAGGUGGAAGAGUGAGUCCCAGGAGUUGCCUUUAUACAAAUGUAACACUAGGUCUACAUCCUCUUCCAAGGAUAUUGGAAGUGAGAGUCUUAGAGAAAGUUGGUAUUUAGACGAUCAUGGCAAGUAUGUUUCACCAAUUUUGAAAGGCAGUUCUCCAAUCUGUAAGACAAGCUCGUUUCCGGAAACUCUUUCAAGUAGCUCCUCAUAUUCAACAAGUUUCAAAGAGAUAGCUAGCAAGAGAAGCCAGUCGAUGCUCAAUGACCACAAUUUUCCGGUCUUACACCGCUCUCUCGAUUCAAGCUCAAACACUUCUCUACUGGCGGCUGGAAUUUUGUCAUCAAACGACAUCUCAUCCUGGAGUAGGUCAUCACCUUUGUCUUUUAGUUCUUCUUGGAAUAAAAGAACCCUUGGCGCCCAGAAGCUUCUCGACAGUGGCAGAGAAUACGGCGCUUCUAAAUCUGCUUUGCAGAGGAGCUCUUCGCCAUUCUUGGGUUAUGAAUCAGAAACUCUCUCUUGGACUAAUGCUUCUGGGGAUCCACUGCCCUCUGCUGGAUAUAAAACAAAGAUUUCUUCUUAUGAUUGGGAGCCAUCUGUACCUUUUCGACCCUCUUUUUUUAUGACUCAAAGUUUAUCAUCUCCAGGAAGCCAGUACGACCCCAUUCGUGAUAGCAUUGAGCAACCCAACUUAGCUGGUGGGUUCUCAAAACUUUCUUCCUUUAGUCAGGGGACAUCCAUCCCGAGCACACAUUUGUGGACAAAUGAUGAUCCUGUUUCCAAUGGGACUGUUGACCCAAGAUUUAGUGACAAUAAAUAUUCCGUUUCUAGUCAUCACAACAACAGUGACAAUGUGUUGGACAAGGACCAUUAUGAAAGGUAUUUAUCUACAACUGAAACAGAAACUGUGGGAAAUGGUACUACUGAACAGAAAAAAAGAAACACCUUGCCCAAAGAAGAGAAGCUCUUGAACCCUGCUCAUGUUCGGGAUGUCACAGAAACAGACAAAUUAAGUAGUUAUCAGGAUUCCCGAUUUCAAAGCAAUGGUCCCAGACACAAGACAGGAUCAAAAGUAGAUAGGUCUAGAAAAAGCAGUGACAUGGAUGCUGAAUAUAAGACAGAUGGAGAGGUGCACAAGGAUUCAAAAGCCUUUAAACAUUUCCAUGCUGCUCUUGUGGAUUUUGUUAAAGAAUUGGUGAAACCAACAUGGCGUGAGGGUCAUCUGAACAAGGACGCGUACAAAAUGAUAGUUAAAAAGGCUGUUGAGAAGGUGCUUAACACAUUGCAGCCCCAUCAAAUUCCAAAUACUGCAGAGUCAAUCAAGCAGUAUCUUUCUUUAUCCCAGCCAAAAAUUGCGAAGCUUGUAGAGGGAUACGUUGAUAAGUAUGGCAAAUCUUGACCUGCCUGGCAGAUUGGUUUUCUUUUGUACAGUGUCCUAUACAUUCUACUGUUGGGAAGUUGAAGAGUCCUUUGAAGGCAAUCGUUUUGAAUACUAGAGACUAGAACCGAGAAUCAUGGAAUGUUUUGAGUUUUACUAUGCAAUGUCAUAUUUAUGGACGACUUGUUUAUUUCCCGUAUGAAUUUGGAGCAACUGCAGAGUCAUGUCUCUUUUUAUCCAAGUUUUAUUUCUUUUAAGGAAUGUGUUAGGCUGCUGUGUUUUACUAUAUCUGGCAUAGGCGACGGUAAGCAUAUUAAAGAAUUUAGUAAAACUAUUGAAAUAGUUGUGGCCUUCGGGUAUGGAC